AUGUCUCUCUCCCUCCUCACAGCCCAAUACUUCCAACAACUUGAUCCCCAUCUCCUCACCUUCCCCGAAGACAAUUACCUCCUCCACCCCACCACCCAAGAAACCAUCUACAAUACUCUCUUCUCCGAAUCCCACGCCGCAAAUGACCAUCCCCUCCCCCCACCCGCCUACCGCACGCGCGUGCUCAAGCGCCUCAUCACAAAACUAGAAUCCCUACUCUCCAACCCCGAGGAGGAUGAAAUCAACGAAUCCCUCCUCGAAGAAUACAGCACGCUCCUCACCCUCCCCAAACCCUCCUCAAUCGAACAAGCCCAACAACUCACCUACAUCACCUACACCGCGCCACCAGAAGAUGACCCUCACCAUUCCUCAUCCCAAUCGAAAGAGCGGAGAACAAUCCUCACCUCCGAAUCCCGCUCCGCAAUCAUAACCGCCGGCACAACCGGCCACCGAACUUGGGAAGCGGCACUGCAUCUCGCCACGUACCUCUCUACGGCAGCAGGACGGGCGCACAUCACCGGGAAGAAAGUCCUUGAGCUCGGCGCCGGCACGGGCCUCGUGUCGAUGUUCUGUGCGAGGUAUCUUGAGCCGGAGGUGGUGGUGGCUACGGAUCGGGAGCUGGGGUUGAUGAGGCAGAUAGGGGACUGCGCGGGACGGAAUGGGUUAGCUGGAGAUGGGGAUGGGGUGUUUAAGGGGUGGAUUUGGGAGUGGGGGAGGGAGUUGUCUAGGGGGGUUGGUGAGGAUGAGGAUGAUGAUGAUAGCCAAAUGAAGGAGGAUGGUGAGGUGGAUGGUGGGAAGGUAGAGUUUGAUGUUGCGCUGGGUGCGGAUCUGAUCUACGACAUCGACCUCGUCCCCCUCCUCGUGCAGACCGUCAAAUCCCUCUUCGAGAAAUACGCCGUCAAGGAAUUUCUCAUCUCCGCGACAUUACGCAAUGAGCGUACUUUUGGCGCGUUUUUGAAUGCUUGUGGUGCGUUUGUCCCUUCCCGUUUCUCAAACACUGAGGAGAGUGCAUUGAAGGUGGAACGGGUUCCGUUUGAGUCGCCGGCGGAGGAAGUGCAGACGGGGUUUUUUCAUUCCACGGUUAUUCCGAUUAGGACGUAUAAGAUUACUGCGUAG